AUGAACCUCCCUACUCUCCAGAGCAGCCUCCUAGACGACUACCGAGUCGUAGAACGAGAGAGACGAAAGAAGCGGCUGAUCUCUAACGAUUAUCCUAUCCCUCUCUUCCGCGAUCGAGACUUCGGAAGGAGUGUCGAUCCAUGGGAAAAGCGCGCGAGGGUGGUCCAACGCAUGAACAGCGCAAUAAAUAGCGCCCAGUCUACACCAUACCAUCAUUACAGUGUCCUCGAGGAGAAGGUGGAUGAGCAUGCGCUCCAGGAACUUUUCUGGAACUUCUCCAGACAUAUCGAUGUUAUGGUCACCGUACGAGAUCAAAUCCUGGCGGAGCAUAGUAACACUCUCUUCUCGACACGGAGGGCUCGUGCUCUUCACCGACAUCUACUAGGAGAAGCCUUAAUAGCUCUGGAUCGUCUCUGGGGGGCAUCGAUAUUCGGCCGAUUUCCGACGGAUCACGAGGAGACAUCGGUUCCACUCGCAAUCCCGGAGACAGGGACUAAGGUCCCUAGCCGUCGUCCAGCGGGCUUCGACGAUUACGAGGCCAUUGUCUUCCAAAAGCUAAGGGAGUUCACGUACAAAAAGAAGGGGCGGCUUGGUGGUAACGAAGUGAUACAUAGCUCAGUUGCGGAGGACCAGGUCUGCUGGCCCCGUACCCCGGAAGAGGAAAAGUCCAUCCAGAUCCGCGACGAACGACGCAGGGCUGAAAUGCUAGAGCGCAGGGAGUACCAACAGGAGACAAGCCAGGACCCUAGCGUGCAUCCGACGACACUGAGCUACUGGCUAGCUCCGAGCUGGGACAAACGAACAGCUCCGCCGGAGGGAUCACACUGGGAGAGAUCGGACAAGGAUCUAGCCGACCAGGAGGCCAUGGACCAGCUGAAGAAAGACCUAGGCAUCACGAGGAAACGUGUGGAGGAUCCGUUCCGAGAGGCCGUGAAGCGCACCGCAGCUGAUUUCCGAAAAGAAAUAGAGAAACGACGAGAGGAACAGCGCCAGGAAGAGCAUGAAUCAUCCACCUCGCAGAGAGGAUCUGCAGAUCGCCCGAGAAAGAUACGGGGAGGCGAGGGGGACGACGACCGGACGCAACCCUCGGGCUUGAGAAAACGGAUAAAAUCGUCUAAUCCACCAGCGUCGGCGGGGUCGGAAGGGUCAGGUACUGCGCUUACGAAACCUGACACCUCUAAGAAAUCUGUAGCCCCAGUCGCACCUGCUCCCAAGAAGCCGGUAGCGAAGGAAACCGAGUCCGAUGCCUCACCUAAGGGAUCCGGCGAUCCCAAGAAGCCCCCGGCUCGACCCGACGCUGAAUCCAAGAAAUCUGAUAGGCCCGAGAAGGUCUCGGUUCCGACUGUGCUAAAGGAGCCAAGCACGAAGCCGAUAGGGUCUGGUACCAAGUCGCGAGGACCGGAUACCGCAUCCCGGGGACCAGGGGUCGUAUCCAAGGUGACCGACAUCUCUACGAAAACUUCGGAUCCCGCGGCGUCUGUCUUUGAGCCAGCCGCGGGGGCCAACGAACUUGUCGCUGCGUCCAAGGAAGCUCACACCCCCAAGGGAUCAUUGGUUCCUUCAGCGCCCGAUCCCAAGGAGCCGCCUACGAAAUCAAGGGGGGUGAAUAUCCCACCGAGGGAGGUCGACAUGGGCAAGAAAUCCAGCGUGGAUGGAGGGAAUCCCACUGCAGGGAUCGCAGAGAAGAACAGAGAUUUCCGGACGCCGGCCCGUAAGCGCUCCGAGAGGGAUCAUGUUACACCUAUGCCAUCUAGCGACGACCCGAGUUCCUCAGACGUCAAUAAGCCUCAUCGACCAGCUGACUUCGAGGAACGACUCUACCCGCAUCCAGACUCCGCUCGUGAGACCGCGUCGGCUUCCCCGAGGAAGUUACCCAAGGCUGUUAAGCGUUCACGUUUGCUAACGAGGUCGCCCGAACAAGAAUCCAAACAUGCGAAGAGACGCGCCAUGAGGCUAGAUUAUUAUGAUUUGUAUUAUCGUUUCCAUCUAGCUACAGGAGCGGCCUCCUAUCGAUUUGAGCCUACAGAGAGACAAGCCCUGGAAGCAGAGGUCCUGCGACGAGAGGAAACGCUGGAGGGUUUCGGGGUCGCCCGGACCGUACCCACGUCUGACGAACAGAAACAGGAAGAGGCUCUCUCUAUGACGGCUGAGAUGUCUACGCGUCACCUGGUUAUGCACCUGGAAUACAUACAAAAUGGCUCCCGCGCCUACAACGACUUUCAACAACGUGCCCUCAAUUUACAGAUCGCUGGUCGCCCAGAAGCGAAGGACUACAUAGGUCUCGAUAGUGAGACCGAUUCUGAUGAAGGAAAUGCAUAA